CACCCACUCGGGCUCUUUGCCCACAGUCACUCCUUUAUCGAACUACCACAGUUCAUACUCAGUUCUUCAAUUCUAUUUUACUCGUGCAGAUAGGCUAGACGCCCUCACGAUGACAAAAUCAUUGUUCAUCGCCCUUUUCGGGCUUCUAUGGGCUAAGCAGGCGCUGGGCGCCGCCGUGUUCGCCCACUUCAUCGUCGGCAACGCAUGGAACUACACACUCGCAGACUGGGUAGAUGACAUGACACUGGCCCAGGAGGCCCAUAUCGACGCAUUUGCCCUGAACAUGGGCUACGGUGACUCGUCCACCGCAACGCAGGCUGCUCUCGCGUUCGAAGCAGCCAACAAAGUCGACUUUAAGCUUUUCUUCUCCUUCGACUACGAAGGAGGCACCGGUGCCUGGCCAGAAUCUGACAUCCUCACUUACCUUAACAAAUACGCCUCCAAUUCCGCCCACUACAAGUACAACGGCAAGGCGUUCGUCUCUACUUUCGAGGGUACCGCCUACGCGACGGACUGGAAGUCCAUCAAAUCUCAGGUAGACUGCUUCUUCGUCCCGGACUGGUCUUCUCUCGGCGCAGAGGGCGCCUAUGAGGCUGGCGGUGGAGGUAUCGUCGAUGGCCUUUUUAGCUGGGGUGCCUGGCCUUCCGGUCCGAACAACAUGAGCAAUGCUACGGAUCUCACGUACCUCGACCUCGACAUCCCCUACAUGAUGCCAGCCUCUCCGUGGUUCUACACCAACCUCGCCUCGUACAGCAAGAACUGGCUAUGGCGCGGUGAUAGCUUGUGGCACGAUCGGUGGGAGCAGAUCUGGGAUCUGCAGCCGGAGUGGGUGGAGAUCCUUACCUGGAACGACUACGGCGAAAGCCACUACAUCGGUCCCAUCCGCGAAGAUGCAAUUAGUCUCAUGACGACAGGUGGUGCACCGCUGAACUACAUCGAGAAUAUGCCCCAUGAUGGAUGGAGAGACCUUCUGCCUUUUGCGAUCGACACUUACGUGAAAGGAAACGCCACUCUUGGCGACGAAGGCAUCGUCACCUGGUACCGACCGAACCCGUCGGAGUCCUGCGGCACAGGGGGUACUACUGGUAAUACAGCCAGUGAGGGACAGACGCUAUACCCGCCCGCUGAAGUUGCUGAGAAUAAGAUCUUCUACUCAGCGAUGCUUCAUUCGCAUGCAAAUGUCACUGUCACUGUUGGUGGCACGUCGUUGGGCGCUACUUGGGCCAAACACGGCCGGAACAGCGGCGCAGGACUCUACCACGGUGCUGUGGAGUAUGGUAGUGCGACUGGGAAGGUGGUGGUUAGUAUCACCCGGGAUGGGGAGACGCUGGCCAGUGUGGCUGGUCAGUCGAUUAACGCGACGUGUGUGAGUGACUUGUCCAACUGGAAUGCUUGGGUUGGAUCUAGCGUUGCUAAGAAUACGAAUUCCCGUCGUGAUGCUACACUCCCAGUGAAGAGUAGACAUGCGCACCGUCAUGUCGGGAGAGGACAUAACCGCUUUCAUUGAUGCAGGCAUAGUGGGAGUUUAGAUUUCAAUUCAAUUCGGU